AUGUAACUUGCAGCUUCAAUUGAUGAGCCAGAAGAGUUGUUAUAGCCAGAAGAAAAAUAAAAUAAUGAAAUUAAGGAAGAUGAAGUAGAAUAGAUUAUUCAAGUUUAGGUUGAUAAAAUAGAUUAAGUCUCCAAAGUCGAAGAGGUUUAAACAAAAAUUAUUUAAGAUCCACCAAAAGAUGAUAAUGUACCUGAAGUACCAUAAAAGAAAUUAUCGAGAGCAAGAACUAAAAGAAUAUGUUCAGAAUAAUAAAUCCUUGAUGAAGUAAUUAAAUAAAACGCUACUGAAGAGAAAUAAAUUGAAGAUAAGAAAGAAGAUCUGCCUCUAGGCAUUUGUGAAGAUUGCUUUGACUUAAAAGUAAAUGAGUUUUAUUGUUCAAGGUAGAAUGGAAAAAUGUUCGAGAUUGAUAGAGAUAAGAAUGCAGAGAGAAGAUUUCACAAUAGAAUCAAAAGAUAUGAAGAUCUCUUUAAAAAGAAGUGCUAGCAAUUGAAGAUCGAUUUUUAAGAAUACGAAAAUAGAUAUGUAAGCGAAAACAUAGAGAAAACAGGGAUAUUUCAAAAUGAUUCAUCAAUUGUUAUUGAGUAUUUAAAAGAAGCUGAUCAUUGCUAAACUUAAAAAUGCUAGCAGCAACAGCUAACUGAGAAUAAAUUUAGAUCCAAAACUCAAAUAAAAAAGCAUAAGCUAGAUGCUAUUGAAGAUAUAUUAUAAAAUGCUAUUGACUAUAACAUUGAAAACGUGUAGAUGAAUCGAUACAAUUUGAGAAUUUAAAGGCGUAUAGAAAUAAAAGAGAAAAGAUACUAUUCAAGAGUUUUGGGUGAGGAUUAUGAAUCCUUGAAGCAACAAGUUAAUUAUGAAAAUCAUUUUUUAGUUUGCAAGUAUAAAACAGAUUCACCAUUCAUAAAAUUUAUGAAUAACGAAGACCAAAAAGAAGAAGAAAAAGGUUAGUAGAAAGAUGAUAAUAAUUCAAAAACUUAAGAGGAAUAAAACGUUGAAAAGGAAAAGAUGCAUGAAUAAGAACAAUUGUAAAAUCAAGUUUAGUAGCUUAUUGAGAACUAAAAAUUAAACGAUUAGACAAACGAGGAAGCCAAAUCUCAAACUCCAAUAUCUUUAGCAACUGUAGCAUCACUGUAACCACCCUCAGAGAAAGAUAUAUAGAUUGUGAAUCAAUUUAAAGAAUUUUAAAAGCAAAAGGAAAUGAUGGAAUUACUGGAAAAAAAUAAACUCCUAUUCUAAAAUAAAUCUAUGCUACCUCCAGAUAUUAGUUAACCUCAAAUUAAAUCUCCAAUUCCUCUAGCAUCUGCGGUUUAAAAAUCAGAAGUAAUUAAUCCUAAAGACGAACUCCAUACUUGUCUUAAGUAAAAAGAUUUGUAAAAGUUGCUUAUACAGAUAUCCUAAAGAUCAGAGAAGCAAUGUAUUUGGAGCAACAGAAUAGAAAAGCUAGCUUCAAAGCACAACUGA